CAGAGGAUGGUGAAAUGGUGACCAUUGAUCAAGACGAUUACUUGAAAGACUUUGUCGAAGAGGCAGUGAAAUCAUCACCACACCAUUACAAGAUAAAAAUUCUCAUUGGUUAGUAUAGUGUGGAAAUGAUUGCAUUGUAGCUUUAAAUAAGGAAUAAUAGUGUGUGAGACUGCAAUCAAGUUGUUGGAUAAGGAAAAAGCAAACAGUUUUUGCCAAUUAUGUUUGUUGGUUUGUGGUGUCCCUUAGCAUGUUUUCACUUACGGUGUGCUCCCUAUUUCCAUAGUUUUAAAUAAAAAAUGACAUUUCAGCUUUCUUAACUGUAAUGGUGAGUCCUAGUCACGUAUUAUUGAUAUUGGAGCAAGAAAUAAUUUAGCAAUAAUUUAAACUUUCAUUUAUACAUGAGCAUAAUGAGGUUUCUCUUAUUAAUUUGGCACAUUAAAAUAACACACAAUUUUUUUUUUCAAAAGACAAUUCUAGAAACUAUUUCUUUCCAGGCAAAGCCUUGGGCCUCCUCCAACAGAUGGUUGACAAUGGGGAGAAAUUUGAUGUAAUCUUCCUAGAUGCUGAUAAAGGAGAGUACAUUGAAUACUUUAAGGUAAUCAAUAUAAAAAUUUAAAAAAAAUUUAAUUGGUAUAUUUUUUCUCUUAUUAAUAAUACUUGAAAAUUACUAUAUUUACAAUAAAAAAUAUAAUGAGGAUAGAGGAAAACCUCAAGAAUGAAAAGAACAGAAAGAGAACUUUUCUACCAAAAAGCUUUGGACAGCAAAAACAGUUAAAGACAGACAAACACUCUAAGAUUGUUGUAUAGAUAUGGUGUCUACAGGAAAAGGUAGACAUAUUCAACUACAGAAUUGAUCCAUUUCUACUAUAUUUACAGGCAUAGAAGUUUAAAUUUAACUGCAACAGGUAAGCUGUAUAUUAAUGAUAGAGAAAUUAUUGUUCAUAUUGAUAUUUGAUUGUGAUAUAUGGUAAGAUACAUAUUGUCAAAAACUACUAACUUAAAUGUUUGAAAUCUUUCAGUUGGCCUUUGAACAAAACUUACUUAGUUCCAGAGGCACGGUUCUAGUUGAUAAUGCUUACAUGUUGGGAGAAGGAUAUAUGAAAUCAUUUGGUGAAACAAAUUCAAAAAUAUUUGCAAGAGCUGUGGCCUCCAAUCCUGAUUUACAUUCGGUAAAUAAUAGCAAGAGUCUCUAUCUUAAAUUUUAAAGUGAGAAAUGCCAAUGAAUAAUACCAUUAGCAAAACUCAGGCUUAUGGCAACUGUGGCUUGAUGUUAAUAAAAAGUUAAAAAUAUUUUAGUUUUGUAAACUUUGUUUAGUCUCAAGUAGAAGACUUGUAAUAAAUUACAUGUAGAGGUUAGCAAGUGAUAUAUAUUAGAAUCAUAUUUAAAAAAACACUUGAUACUAUUUUUCCACAAAUAUUUAAAACAUUAAUUAUAUUUGCUGUUGACUCUGUGAUUGAUAAAAAAAACUUAAUUUAUGGAGACAAUCAACACAUCAACAAUUUUUCUGACAUAUUUAUUCCUCAGGUUCUGGUUCCAAUACGAGAUGGCAUUUUAAUGAUUCGCAGACUAUCAGAUGUUGAAGGAGAUGUUAGAAAAGCAUAAUUUGUUAAAUUGUUAAUUCAAUUGUUCAAACAAAUUAUGUAUUUAUCUCUUCUUUGCAACAAAAUUUUAUAAGUUUAGUUAGCAUAAAUUUUAAUAUAUUUACAUCCACACUCAAUUUAUUGUUAUUAUUUGCCUUAUCUCUAAAUCAGGGAUGAAAAGUGAAAAGUUUUUUUUAUUGCUUUUUUUAUUUUGACAGUAAUUUUACUUUUCUAGAAUGUUGUAUCUGAAAUCAUUGUAUUUUCAUAUUGUACACAAGCAGGACUCGGGUUAAAUAUUUCAUUUUGUGGUGAUGCAUGGAAAAGUCGGUAUUAUGAUUUUACUCUCUAUUUAUUUGCAAUAUAAAAAUUAAAAUUUUGACAUGCUUACAGUGGUACAGGUUAGGAAGUGAAGAGAGACUGGCAUUUUCUGCCGACAGCAGCUUUGUUUUCAUGGAAGAUUGGAGGAAAAAAAAAAGAUUGACCUGACCACAAGCUGCAGUAACCCUGUCUACGCCAUUGCAUUUACUUGUUGUAUCAAUAGCAUUUGGUUUAUUGCCCGAGAUGUUAUAAAAGUAUUUGGUGUUAUUUACUGGUUUGUGGUAAAUUAUAAUUUUUUCCCAAGUAACUUUCUCUAUUUCCAACUACAUAGUAUAAAUUGAGGUUCAAUAAACUAAGCAACCUUUUAACAGCAAUUAUUUUUUGUUCUUCUCACUCUCAAUUAAUUUCCUGUUAAAUGUUUUAGGUAAAGAUUUUUACAAAAGUUGUUCAAAAAUUACUUUACUGUACUAAUGUAUGAUUAUUCUCUUUACUGCUAUAUUACAUGUUGAUACGCCUUAAGUGUUAAUUUAUUCCAUAUUAUAAUGAUGCCAGUAUUAGUAUUGCAUGCAGGACCAAAACUCAAAUAUAAGCUCUAGUGUGUAUCAUUGCUAGAAUGUGUUGUCAUUUGUCAAACAUUGUGACUAACUUUGUAAGUCACAGGUAAUUGGUUUAAAUAAUUUAUAUCUCUUUUCAUAUCUUUUGAUUAAGUUCCUUUCAUAUAUAAUCUUGUAUUAAAUUAUACAGGUUUUGUGGCUUUUCAAGAUACCUCAC